CUUCACUCUUCCGAAUAGGCUUCGAGGCCAGUGUGCUGCGCAUAAUUAUAAUCCGGUCUUUUCCCGCUUUCAGUCGUCACCAACAUUACAACCAUCACCGCCGCCGCUAGAUCCCAUAAUUAAUAUGGACCGGCAACAACCAUCAAGGCUCCUGAGCACUUCAGCACGCGUACACCCACCAUAUCUUCCCUAUCUCCACAAUGCCUCCCGAACGCGAGCAAAGAGCCUGAAAUGGCUCCCGCCCCUGGCAGCAGCGGUCGUCGUGACAGCGGGCUACGCCGUGUCCACCUACCGCGGCGAGAUCGCCGGCCAGGCGACGUCGUCCUCCUCCUCCUCCUCCACAUCCGCGGAGCACCACACGUCCGCCCUGUCCCCCGAGCAGGCCGAGGCCGAGCAGCUGCGGCGACGGGAGGCCGCCAUGGCGGACGCGUAUGGGGAUCGGAGCAGCCUGGAGGAGCUGGAGAGGGCCGUGGCCGUCUACGAGGCGCAGCGUGGGGCCAGGUAACUCUCUUGGCUGUGCUAGGUACCUUCUUGGAGGGCAAGAGAAAAAGGGGACCUUGGGACCUUGGGACCUUGGGACCUUUGGCUGGUUGGGGCUGAGGGAGUGAGUGUGAGCUGCCUGGUUCACCAGCCGACAUGGCGGCACGGCUUGCGAGAUAUGCUUUUGUUCGAAUUUCAUGAUAUCCUGGCGUUUAUUAGGGGGGAGGAGUUCGGCGUUCCAUCGGCUCGCGGCACCUCUGUUUCGGAAUCGGACGGCCUAGCUCGCGGUUUUG